GGAGAGGGCAAGAGGAAACCAGAAAACGGCAGGGACGGGCGCGCGGCGGGGAGGCGUGAGCCACCACAACCCUCUUUAGGCGAUCGCGCGCCCGCCUAAGUCAAAGAACGGGGCAGGAAGACGAAAGGGGGAGGAGGAGGUUCAGAACGAAGGCGCGGCAGCGCAGCUGCCAGGCGAGCCUAAAAAGUGGGGGCUAACGGCACGACGCCUGCGCUACGGCUCGCCUGCGCUGCAGGGCGAGCUCCGCCCGGACGAGGCGAAUGUGCCGGCCGCGCACGGCGCGGGUGAGCUCCGCGGCUCGGCGGUCGCUGGGCAACUUCGACAAGGGCGCUGCACUGCUCGCAAAGCAGCUGCUCGCAAAGGGCCCCAAUCCGCCGCGGGGGAAUGUACGCCCAUCACCAACACAGGAGGACAACGUUUCGUUUGUUCCCGACGUUUGCGAAACGGGCACUCCCUGCGAACAGCGGCGCGCGCUCGGUGAUAAGAAUGCCCGCCGCUCGCCGCGCGCGCCGCUGCCGGGCCUCGCCGCCCAGAGGCCCAGGGCGACUCCGCUGCAGAAUGCGCGAGUCGGUCACCGAGCUGUCUGGCGUGCUGGUCCCGCUCCCCCGCGCGGGCCGACCUGCUCCAUGUCCGCCUUGUUUG